AAGAUCAAUUUGGCAGAAGUAACGGGAGACCGAGUGUCUGGUUGGCAGAGGAGGAAUUUCUACAUAUAGAGGUAGAUGCGAGUCGCGAAACGAUUCAGUCUUGUUCGAGCAUCGCGACCGCGGUUACGGAAGUCGAGGAUCAGUUCGUCCACGAGCUGUUCGCGUCGCUUGAAAACAGUGACCGAAGGAUACGACACACGUGUACCACCCCCGUGUUAUUCUUCCUAGUCCUCAAACAAUUCGAGAUGGAACAAACUGGUAUCUCGAUAAUACCGACCACGACGAUCGCCGAUAACGCCGCCGGAAAACCUAAAAGCAUCGGCAUCACACUCAGGCCUGGCGACAGUCUACAGGCUGCGAAAGAAAAGCUCAAAACACCAUGGUUGACAAACUUGGUAAAAGAGGAUGCCACUGGAUGGGAGGCGCUGUUGUUCGGGUUAGGAGAGAUAAUCGGCACAGCGCUGUUGGUAUUCAUCGGAUGCACAGGCUGCAUCGCGAGCUUAAAUGUCACCCCCACUGUCUUACAGAUCUCCCUGACCUUCGGCUUCGCCGUCAUGGUCGCCAUACAGUGUACGGGGCACAUCAGUGACGCUCAUAUCAAUCCUAGCAUCACUAUCGCCGCGAUGAUUUUGGGGAAGAAGUCGCUACCCAUGUCUUUGCUGUAUAUUUGUUGUCAGUGCGUGGGGGCGCUUUUAGGAUACGGUUUGUUAAAGGUAAUCACACCUGGGCCGCUGACGUACGCUGUCAAAGACGAAACGGAAACCUUCUGCGUGACCAGGAUCCAUCCGGAGCUUUCCGUCUUCCGAGCCUUCAUGGCGGAGUUCAUAGGAACCGCCAUCUUGGUUCUGUUCGCCUGUGGAGUCUGGGACAAUCGUAACGCGAAGAACACCGACUCGAUCAGUCUCAGAUUUGGCUUCUGCAUCGCGGUGCUCUGUAUGAUACUCAUCCCUUAUACGGGCUGCAGUAUGAACCCCGCAAGAUCGCUUAGUCCCGCAAUCUGGAACGGCUCUUGGGAACACCAUUGGAUCUAUUGCGUGCAGAAUCGCAUUCCGGUGGUCCAUUCAGAGCGAGAAAUCCUAAUCGUGUCGCAACAACUGGAAACAAGAGGGAGCGCGACGGGGACUUCGAGACUGUACAUUAUUUAUUUCUAUAAAGUUACAAGAAGACUAUUCCUGAAGAAAUUCGAAGAGGCUGGCUCGUGAAGGGCAAACGGGACAUUAGUGAAAUUCAAAUUCCUGUGGAAUUUUUCCGAGGUCGAUGACCUCGAUGUGUGUGAUGUCUACGAACAAUUGGUGGAGGGUUUCGGUCGUUUAGAUACGAAAUGCGACACUAGCGCAGGAUAUGUAAAUUUCGAUGCCGAGUUUUUGGUAAAUCGAAGGCAGAAUAAAUUUGAUACGUUUUAAGAAACAGGAAAUUGUCUUUUUUCUUUGUAUGCUUAUUCGUAGAAUAUUCUUGAAUCCUAAGGUCACGGGGUCACACUUUCAGUUAC